AUGAUCUUCUUCGACAUUGUUGUGGAGAAUCCACUCGUCAUCGCCAGUGGAUCAUCCGCUUUAAAAAUGUGUGAAACUAACGACAGCGUCUUCCUCGUUUCUUGUUGCAGUUUGGACAGAGAUCAACCGUUUACAUUCCAGUUUGGUGUGGGACAGGUGAUCAAAGGCUGGGACCAAGGCCUCCUGGACAUGUGCGUGGGCGAGAAGAGGAAGCUGACGAUACCACCCGAGCUUGGAUACGGCGAGAAGGGCGCCGGAAAUGUGAUUCCUGGCGGCGCCACUCUUACUUUCGAGGUUGAGCUCAUGAAUAUCAGCGACUCGCCCCCGACCGCCAACGUCUUCAAGGAGAUCGAUGCGGACAAAGACAACCAGUUGUCCCGCGAGGAGGUGAGCGACUACCUGCGGAAACAGGUGUUGGAGGCGGAGCAGGCCAACGCGGAUGAGAACGAGGACGUGAAGAAGAUGCUGGCCGACCACGACAAGCUCGUCGAGGAGAUCUUCCAGCACGAGGACAAGGACAAGAACGGCUUCAUCUCCCACGACGAGUUCAGUGGGCCGAAGCACGACGAGCUCUGAAGUCUUCGUCCCGCAUUAUCGCGUCUCCGAGCGCCCGUUGUCGUCGUCGCCGUCGCCGCCGCCGCCGCCGCCGCCGCUGCCGCCGCCGCCGCCACCGCCGCCGCCGCCGCCGCCGUCGACCUCGACGAUGACGACGACGAUGCCGUCGCGCCCCGCGUCAUCACGUGUUCACCUCUGUAUAGAAUCGCCUCUUUGAGUCCUCCCCCGGGGAUUCCCGAAGGACUCACCGAUCAAUCGUCUCGGGCA